CGUAGGCCGAGGCCAUGCCGCUGGACCACAGGCGGGUGCCGGGCCCGGAGGAGUCGCAGACGCCGCUGCUCUUCGUGCCCAAGGAUGGUGAGCGGGAGGAGGCGGCGGCGGCGGCGGCGGCAGGGAGCCGGGACCCGUCGGCGCUGCAGCCACUCUUCGCCCGCGUGGGGCUGCUGAGCCAAGCCAAGGGCUCGGCCUACGUGGAGCUGGACGGCGGCACCAAAGUGCUGUGCGCCGUGGCCGGGCCCCGCGAAGUCCCCGGCGGCCACGCGGCCGGGGCCAGCAGCGCCGGGGAGCCUCGCGGGCGGCUGGUGUGCGAGUUCCGCCGGGCGCCGUUCUCGGGGCGCGGCGCCCGCCUGCGGCCCAGCGAGCGGGAGCCCGAGCUGGCGCUGGCGCUGCAAGAGGCGCUGGAGCCGGCCGUGCGCUUGGCGCGCUACCCGCGGGCGCAGCUGGAGGUGAGCGCGCUGCUGCUGCAGGACGGCGGCUCGGCGCUGGCGGCCGCGCUGUGCGCCGCCGGGCUGGCCCUGGCCGACGCCGGCGUCGAGGUCUACGACCUGGUGGUGGCCUGCGCGCUCUGCCGGACGCCGGCGCCCUCGGGGGGCGCGUGGCUGCUGCAGCCCAGCGAGCCCGAGGAGCGCGCCGCCGCCGCCCGCCUCACCGUGGCGCUCCUGCCCUCGCUCAACCAGGUGGCGGGGCUGCUGGGCAGCGGCGAGGGCGGCGCCCCGGACAGCUGGGCGCAAGCCCUGCGCCUGGCGCUCGAGGGCUGCCAGCGCCUGUACCCGCUGCUGCGCCAGAGCCUGCUGCGCGCCGCCAAGCGCCGGGCGCCGGGCACCCAAGAGCCGUCGGGCAUGGACACGGCGGAGCCGCCCGCCACCGCCUGAGACGCCCAUUCCCUUGCGAGACUUCGGGGCGGCCUCCCACCCACCCACCUACCUACCCAGCCGCGCUGCGCUUUGCUGGGCCCAGAUUCCCACAGCAUCCCUAGGAACACGUGCUUCUAGAUCCUGCAUCUGAACAUCCGCAGAGGGGGCUGCCCGCUUUCCUGCCUUGCAGCCCCCGAGUGUAGGACGGCAUCAAGCGGAACAGAGGGCCAUUCCACUUCCCCGGCCGGUUCACCGAAGCGUCCGGCAUCUCCUUCACAGCAGAACUGGCAGCAUCAGCAUGAGAAGACCCCGCGGAUGCUGCAAUCAGCCUCGAUUUGGGAAGGAAGCUUAGCCUGAAGGUUUCUGAAGGCAGUGGGCCCAGCAUCUUUUCAGCAUGCAGGAAAAAAAAUGAACCCUGGCAACUACACUCUAUGAAAGAACUGCCUGAUAAGCAUUAUGUCAACCUUCCCCAAACUGGUGCUCUGCAGAUGUGCCAGACUACAACUCCCAUAAUCCCCCAAUCAGCAGGGGGGGGGUUAUGAGAGUUGUAGUCCAACACAAGACUUGAGGAAGGGUGUUGUUGCUUUUUCUUACAGUCUCAAAAUUUCAAACUGGGUCUCAAGAAAAAGAAUGCAUUUGUGAGUUGCUGCUGGUUAACCCCAGGUUUUCUUUUUAUGCUGAUAUUUUGUGUUGGGGAUCUGUGUCCCUUAGGUAACCCAGAGAUGCUGUGUCUCACCUGAUCCUCCAACGUUUACGCUUGGGAAACGUGUGUUCACAUUCUCACCCCUUGCUUUGUAACAUGCUUACUUGGAAGCGAGUUGCACUGAUUCCAGAAGAGUUAUUUUCGAAGCCGGUGUGCUUUCCAUUGAAGCAAUUUUUUUGUUGUUAAGAUGAAAACAUUUUCUGGUGGUACUCGCUGAUUUUUUAAAAACUUCUUGCUUAAAAUCAACAAAACUUCAUCCCCCCUUUUGGAAUCUUUUUUCUAGGAAAUGCACCAAGUUUAUAUCCUUGUAAUUUUCUGUUCUUGAUCUUGUACUUUAGACUUACUUUCCUUUAAAUCUCCUUUGCCAAAUUAAUAGCAUAAUAAAUUCUGGGUGACCUUUCCUGGUAAAAGGUCAACCCCAAAUGGAUAUCAUAAAAACUAAACCGGGUUCUUCCUGCAGGGGGGAUGAAUGCGAGCCAGUAAAUGGUAUUGGGUCAUAUUGCAUAGAGAGUAAGAAGUUCAAAAUAGGCUGUAGAUUGACUAUGAAGAAACAACCUCCUGUACAAUUUGCUCCCUAACUGGGCACAUUCUGAGUUGCUCUAAUUCAGCGAGACUUAUUGAUAGCUUUUUGGCUUUAUAACGAAGUCUUGAAAAUUUAUUCUUCACAAAGAAGAGUUUAUUGAUUAUUUGUUGCAAGGUCUCUUGUUUAUAAUUAAAACAAAACUAUUUUGCUUAA